AUGGAAUAAGAGGAUACAACACCAAUCAAUAUCAAUAUCACCGAAUCUAUUGCAUCAAAGCAUGUCUCCUAUAACAUUAAAGGAGAAGAUAAAAUAGGUCAAUUUGAAGCAUUGCGUCGUUACAAUGACUUUCAUGUUCUGAGAUUGACUUUAUUACAAAGAUGGCCAGGAUGCUAUGUUCCUCCAAUUCCAGCAAAAUAAGCUUUGGGAAAUAAUGAACAAAAAGUAGUUGAGGAUCGUAAAAGAUUCCUAUAAUAUUUCCUAGAAUAAGUGGCUAAGUUAAGACAUAUUUACUUCUCUGAUGAAUUUUAGACCUUUUUGAGAACAAAGAAUACUGACAUGGAGAAAGCAUUACAAGGAUUACCAAAAUAAUCUAUAUAAGAAGUGUAUGAAAAAUUUAAGAAAAAUUUCCCCCAUUUGAAUGGAAGAGAGGUGAAUUCAGAUUUAAUUUUGAAAGUAUCCAGCUUCUCCACUUACUUAAACAAAACAACUAAAUAAUUAGAAAGUCUUAAAGAAUAAGUGAAAUUAUUGGCUGCAGCAAAGAAAUAAUAUACAGAUUAAUUUAACAUAAUGACUUAAACCAUUGGACUAGAAUAUGAGAAAAAUAUUCUAAUCGAGUAUGUGAAUCAUAAAACAGAAAAUUUAAUUUUCACAAAUCACAAUGACGUAAAUGUUACCGCAAGAGAAAUUAAAGACUAAAAUGCUUAGACAUACAAUUAUGAUUACCUUGUUGAUUUGCUUAGAAUUGAAUGCAGGGAAGUAGAGGCAUUUUAAGAAACCUUGAAGUAGAAAGAAUUUGUAGACAAUUUGAAAGCUUCGGCAUAACAAAAGUUAAGAGAUUAAAAUAGUGAACUAGUGAAAUUAUAGGCUGGUAAAACCACUCUUAAGUCCAUGUUUUCAAAAGGAUCAAACACAGAUUAAGCAUAGACUUUAGAGAAGAAGAUCUAAGAAACACAAAAUGAAAUUAAAUUAUUGGAAGAUCUUUGCAUUAUGAUUACAUCCAUAUUAUGCUUUGAUGAAAUUGAUAGAUUCAAAAAGAACAAAUAAAAUAAAUAUUAUGAAAUUUUAAUUAAGGUUAGCUAAUUGGAAUAAUAACUCAAUUAAUUAUACAUCAAAUUCUGGUCUGAAGUAUCAAAAGGAACAGAAGCGGAAGUAGUUGUUUGAAAACAUAAAAAUAUAAAUAAACAAUAAAUUAAAUUAUAUUAUAAAA